UCCUGUUUUUCUUUCCUCUUAUUUUCCUUCCUUUUUCUUAUUUUCCCACCACAUUUUCUUAGAAUCCAAUCAGGGAUUUAGGGUUUUCCUACCGAUUUGUUUUCAAUUAUUCGGCCUCUGGUUCCGUGAUCUUGUAAAUUUAUUUUUAUUUUAUUAAACCCAAAAUCCCAUUCAAAUUCCCUUUGUUUCCUAUUUUCUUAUUUGCAGAAAAUUGAAUUUAUUUGAUCGGCGACGUCCAGAUCGAGGGAAAUUCAAUAUGGGGUUCUUGGUGACGACCCUAAUUUUCCUAGUGAUUGGCAUAAUUGCGUCUCUCUGCACCAGAAUCUGUUGCAAUAAAGGACCUUCUGCUAAUCUGUUGCACCUAACAUUGGUCAUUACAGCAACAGUCUGCUGUUGGAUGAUGUGGGCAAUUGUAUAUAUCGCUCAGAUGAAACCCCUCAUAGUUCCUAUUCUAAAUGAAGGGGAGUGAAAAGUUGGUGUCUGGAGAAUGAAACAUAUAUUGCAUUAUUGGUGAACCACCACCAUUAUAAAAUACAACUGGACCAUCCGACUUGAGAGAGUGUGAAAUUUAGGACUCGUGGAUCAAUUUUAGUUUUCUUCUCAUUCUGGAGUUGUAUGUAAUUCUUGUUUGAGUUUGUAAUGUGAAUUCGUACGUGGCUUGUUACAUAACCCUGCUUUCUUUUAGAUGUUAUAUUUAUUCCCUCAUUCAUUUCAGAUUUCAUACUUUGAGACCAGUGAAAGACUUUAAAAAUGCGAUCCGAAUGAAAUAAGUGAAGAAGAUAUGCUGUUUAUCUGUUUA